AUGGGCUGCAUACACAGCAAAAAGCCUGAAAAUAGUACUCAGCCACCUCCCGAAAAGAGAUCCCAUUCACAUUCACAAAUCAAACUUGAUCUGACCUCAUACAAGGCCGCCUGUAGAGCCGAUCCAGACCUUGAAUCUGUAAACUCGAAGCUCCAGCAAGGAGUCACCCGAGUUAUCAACAUUCUCGCCGCCGACGCCCAGAUUCGAUCACUUUCCUUAAACUCUCUCCGAGAAGUCCCCGGUUGUCUCCUCGAAAGUAACGAAGUGGUGAAUGCAGUUCUAGAGCACACGAACGAAAUUUGGGAAAACCCAGAACUGUCUGAUCUAGUCAAUGACUAUUUCGAGAUCAGUCGUAAUACUGUAGAUUUGUGUCUCUCUCUUGAAAAAUGCCUCGAACGAGCCCGCGACAGGCAGGCCAUUGUUCAAACCGCGUUAAACCUAUUUGAUGAAGAACACAGAGAAGAGUUUAGUCAUGGUGAAAAGACCUCGUAUUCAAAGACUUUACAAGAAUUCAAGAAGUUUAAGGUGGCCGGUGACCCAUUUGAUGAUGAGUUUUUCUCGUCGUUUGAAUCGGUUUACCGACGACAAUGGGAAUUGCUACACAAAUUGCAAGUUCAAAAAGAUAAACUCGGUGCAAAAUUGGCAUCAAAGAAGACAUGGAGGAAGGUGUCAAAUGUGCUAUUUGGGGUCACUUUUGUUUCGGUGCUGAUUUGCUCUGUGGUGGCGGCGGCCAUGACGGCCCCACCCGUGGUGACGGCGUUGGCCGCCGGGGCAUCUGCAUCAUUGGUUUCAACGGGUAAAUGGCUGGAUUCGACUUGGACAGAUUGCGUGAAUAUAAUCGAAGAACAAAGAGGGAUAAUCACGUCGAUGCAUGAUCAGACUAAGUUCUAUGCGAUUGAAGAGUUGAAAACCAUUGGGCUGCUUGUGGAUAAGUUGGAAAAAGAGAUGCAAUCGUUGUCGGAAGAGAUUGAUCUGGGUUUGAAAAAGGAGAAGGCUGUGAUGGUGGUGGUUUAUGAGAUAAGGAAGAAGAUAGAUGUGUUUAUGCCAGCCGUUGGUGAGUUGAGAAAGCGCACUGCCGAGUGUGGACAACAAAUUAAAGAAGCUACGAAGAAGAUAAUUGAUAAAAUUAGCCAGACUCCCAAGCGUAGCAGCUGUUGUACCACUUUGGAAUGCUUUACUUAGUCGUCUUGCUCGUCGAGGCCAAGUCGAGAGCAGAAAAACGAUAAAAUCUGAAAUAAAACUUAGGGGAAGAAUACUUUUAGAUUGUCAUGUUUUAUAUAUUUUGUUUUGGUUCAACGGUUACGAUAUUUAAUGUCAG